UUGCAUGCCGGAUCUAUAAGUAAAGGGCCUGUCGCCAUUCUGUGUCUUUGUACUUCAGUCGCGACUUCAGUGGCUUUGUGCUUUCGAUAACCAUGCCUGAACCAGGAAAAUCGGCUCCUGCUCCUAAGAAGGGCUCCAAGAAAGCCGUGACCAAGGCCCAGAAGAAAGACGGCAAGAAGCGCAAGCGCAGCCGCAAGGAGAGCUACUCUGUCUACGUCUACAAGGUGCUGAAGCAGGUCCACCCCGACACGGGCAUCUCCUCCAAGGCCAUGGGCAUCAUGAACUCCUUCGUCAACGACAUCUUCGAGCGCAUAGCCAGCGAGGCUUCCCGCCUGGCGCACUACAACAAGCGCUCGACCAUCACUUCUCGGGAGAUCCAGACGGCCGUGCGUCUGCUGCUGCCCGGGGAGCUGGCCAAGCACGCCGUGUCCGAGGGCACCAAGGCCGUCACCAAGUACACCAGCUCCAACUUUAUUUUGCAGACUCAAAAAAAAAAGUCUCCCGAAGGAUGCUCCCUUAACCCCUGCACUUUUCUAUGGUGGGCCAAUAUGGAAGCUCAAAGACUGGUGAUCAGAGGGUACUGCAGGCUCAACAGAAACUCUGAGGAAGAACUACAAUUCCCAUAAUGCUCGG